AUGAAAGAGUUGAAGAGACGAGGUAUGACUCCUACUUCAUUGCUCCAAGACUACGAAGUAGAUGUUGAUGAGAUCAAAACCAGUGGUAAAGAAACUAGAAACAGUUCCUCUAAAACAACUGCCACUACUACUCCUCCCUUCGACCAAAGCUUGUUAAACCAGAGGGAGAGAUCCUUGGCUUUAAACAGCGAAGGGCUUGAGGGAUUGAUUCCACGUGCUAGGAUCUUGCUGACGAUUGGAGGGACUUUCUUCUUGGCUUUUUGGCCCUUGAUGGUCUUAACUCUUGGCGCCUUCUCUGCCCUUUACCUUUACUUUGGAGCAGAUUUCGUUCAUGAUGGAAGCAGAACUCCGGUUUCACCACCACCCUACAUUGAUCCAUAUGCUCUCUUGGAGGAUGAGAGGAUCAAUCCUCGUCUAAAUGAGCACCAACAACAUCUUCUCUCUGCUCCACACAAGUAGUAGUUUAUUGUUGCACUAAGUAUACUAGGAAAAGAACCCGUGCGAUAUCGCACGGAAACUCAUUUUAUAAAAAUAAUAUCCUACUCCUGAUAUCGUAAUAAAUAUAUUUUAAUUUUUAUUAAUAUGAUCCUUAUAAUUUAUAAUAUUAC